UACACCGCACUUUCGUACACAUGGGGCAAGUGCGACCCGGACUGUACAGUGCUCGUGGAUGGUACACCUGUCAGAGUCACCCGCAAUUUGAAACGAUUCUUGGAUCAGGCGGCGCGUCUGCACAAGUACCGCUCGAGGCAACACUGGAUUGAUGCAAUAUGCAUUGACCAAACCAGCAUGACCGAAUGCACGCAUCAGGUCGGACUCAUGGCGGACAUCUAUUCGAAGGCGCGGAGUGUCCUUGUCUGGCUAGGACCUGCCUACAGGGGCAGCCAAACAGCGAUGAAGAUGCUACGGGGGCAGUACCGGCGUGAGAUCUGGAUUGAAGCUGAGGCCCAGCUCUGCGAGUUCCAACUCGUCUAA